GGGGAAGCCGGAUCCGUGCGCAGGGUUGCUAAGGGUGAAACUUUUCAUUGACUUUGCUCACUUCGGGCCGGGCGCGGGAAGGUGCGGGUCGUCGUAGGAGUUAACAGUGGCACUGACAACGCGGAGCCAGAAGGGCAGGACAACCCGCCGGCCACUGCCCUGACCAUCCUCUGCUCCUCCGGUCCGCCAUCCCCGCGCGUCAAAGCUGGCCGGCCCGCCCGCCCUCCGUCCCCUGCCGCCAAACCCGACCUCCAAAAAGCUGAAAGAAUUAUAGAGUCUUAGCCCAUCACCCCCCGUUCUCCCCUAACUUAACGACGAAAAGGACACAUCGGUACCCAACCUUGCGGAGCCCGGGAAGGCUGGGAGAGCGACCACCGCCCUGCGCUCAGGACCACCCCGGCAAGAGAAGCUGCCCGCGGCCGGCCCACAACUCGCGGAGACCCGAAACCCUGUGGAGCCCAAGGUGCCCACCUCCUUUCUCCUGCCACUGCCCUUGGCCUGUGCGUGUGCCCUGCGCUGACUCGCUGCCUGGGAGGAUCAUGCAGCUAGAGAUCAAGGUGGCUCUGCACUUCAUCAUCUCCUAUUUAUACAACAAGCUGCCCCGGCGCCGGGCAGACCUGUUUGGGGAGGAGCUAGAGCGGCUUUUGAAAAAGAAGUAUGAAGGCCACUGGUAUCCCGACAAGCCAUUGAAGGGUUCUGGCUUCCGCUGUGUUCACAUUGGGGAGAUGGUGGACCCUGUGGUAGAGCUAGCUGCCAAGCGGAGUGGCCUAGCAGUAGAGGAUGUGCGGGCCAACGUGCCUGAGGAACUGAGUGUCUGGAUUGACCCUUUUGAGGUGUCCUACCAGAUUGGUGAGAAGGGAACUGUGAAAGUGCUCUACCUGGAUGAGAACGAGGGUGGGGGAGCCCCAGAACUGGAUAAGGAGAUCAAGAGCAGCUUCAACCCUGAUGCCCAGGUAUUUGUACCCAUCGGCAGCCAGGACAGCUCCCUGUCCAACUCCCCAUCACCGUCCUUUGGCCAGUCACCCAGCCCCACCUUUAUUCCUCGUUCUGCCCAGCCCAUCACCUUCACCACCGCCUCCUUUGCUGCCACCAAAUUUGGCUCCACCAAGAUGAAGAAGGGUGGUGGGGCAUCAAAUGGUGGGGUUGUGGCCAGCAAUGGGGCAAGUGGCCAACAGCCACCACAGCAGCAGCCUCGCAUGGCCCGCUCACCUACCAACAACCUGCUGAAGCACAAGAGCCUCUCUUUGUCUAUGCAUUCACUGAACCUCAUCACAGCCAACCCGGCCCCUCAGUCCCAACUUUCACCCAAUGCCAAGGAGUUUGUGUACAACGGUGGUGGCUCACCCAGCCUCUUCUUUGAUGGGGCUGAUGGCCAGGGCAGUGGCACUUCAGCCCCCUUUGGGAGCAGUGGAGCUGGCACCUGCAACAGCAGCAGCUUCGACAUGUCCCAGGUAUUUGGAGGUGGCACCAACAGCCUCUUCUUGGAGAAGACACCCUUUGUGGAAGGCUUCAGCUACAACCUGAACACCAUGCAGUAUCCCAACCAGCCGUUCCAGCCAGUUGUGCUGGCCAACUGACCAUCCCCACAUCCAUUAGGCCAGGAGCACCCAAGACCAGCAGAAAACAGAAAGGAAAGGAAAGGAAAAGAAAAGAAAGGCCAAAAAAAAAAGAGGAAAAGAAAACUAUACAAAAAGAUUUCCAGUUUUACUCUCACUUCUAGAAAAAAGUUCCAGCCCAGGCAUGGAGUGGGAGGGGGCUUUGGAAGCACAGUAUCGAGUUUAACUCAACCCCCUGACUUUUUUUCCUGCCUGCCUCUGAUCUAUUAGGUUGGUUUGGGUUUUGUAUUUUCUUUCUUUUUUUUUUUUUAACAUGUAGGUUUCUAUAUAACAUCUUUGAUUAGUGGCUUCCUGUGCUAAGAAUGGUCCAGAUGUGAAUUGCUGCUCCUUGCUCCCUCCCUGCCUCCUUCACACUCCUUUAGGAUUGAUGUGUCCAAGCUCACAGGGAAGGAAGAGCAGCAGCUAGAGCCAAACCCUCCCCAGAGCAGGGAGAGGCUGGCCUAGUGUCACUGCCUCUGUUACCCAGCUGUCCUCUCAAUCAAAGCCAUCCAACCUCAGCAGGCCUUCUCAGUCCCUGCCACCCAAAUAGGUCUAAUCCCAGACCCCACUCCCUCUCAGGCUAGGCCACAGGUAGCUGCUGGCUGGCCACUUGACACCCUCCCCCUAGAGCUGUCUCUGACUCCAGGGAGGUAGCACUUUGUCUAGUUGAAAUCCUUUCAUCUCUGUCCCAUGGCCCCAUCCUACCAUCUCCUCCUGGCCUAGAUGACCCUCAUGGCCCUGGAGACCACCUCUCUUUAUCCAAUAUAGACAGUCUCUGAGGUUGUAGUGUGGGGGGGUGUGCGUGUGUGCGCUCUUGCAUGUGUGUUUUGCUCUCCUGUGCUGAAGGUUUAUGAACCAUGUGGGACUUCCCCUCUGGAUGUGACUCUGGGUUGCAGCAAGUGCUUAUUUAUGUAUGAGGUUGGGUUGGGGUGGGUUGUCAGUCCUUUUGUAGAUCAGUAUACCGUGGCUGUGCCUAAGACACUCCCAGGGGAAGGCACUGCAGAAGGAACUGAUAUCCAGACUGUGGAGGGAUCUGCACUUUUGUUUGUUUUUGACCCAAAAAAAAAAAAAGUUAACUUUGAAGGGGGAGAAAUACCCAAGCCUCUAAUACC